AUGAGCCAGGAUGUCUCAUCUUCCGCAGUGCCUGCUGCGACUGCGACUGCGACUGCGACUGCUUCAACUUCCUGCCCUCCAGACCUCCGCUACGUGCGCUACGAUGGCUCCCGCGAGAACGAAUACGUCCCUGCCAUGAGACAGCUGAUUUCCAAGGACCUGUCGGAACCGUACAGCAUCUACGUCUACCGGUACUUCCUCUACCAAUGGGGAGAGCUGUGUUUCAUGGCCAUGGACGACACCAAGGAGAAAGACUACAUGGUCGGUGUCGUGGUGUCGAAGCUGGAGCCGCACCGUGGGGGUCCGCUGAGAGGGUAUAUUGCCAUGUUGGCUGUGCGGGAGGAGUAUCGCGGCCGAGGGAUUGCGACCAGAUUGGUGAGGAUGGCUAUUGACGCGAUGAUUGAGCGGGAUGCCGAUGAGAUUGUCCUCGAGACGGAAAUCACAAAUACGGCCGCCAUGAAACUGUACGAACGGCUCGGCUUUCUGCGGAGUAAACGCCUGCAUCGGUACUAUUUGAACGGCAACUCGGCCUAUCGGCUGGUGCUGUACCUCAAAGAAGGAGUCGGGUCGAUUCGAACCUCCAUGGAUCCGUACGGACCCCCUAUUGCUGCUCCCGCCCCGGCUUUGCUCCAUGAGAAUGGCGGUAGAUGA